AUGGCUUACCUACAAUCUAUGCCAAAAUCUGAAACCAUUAAGUUGCGUGAAAAACAUGUUGGAGCCGCCUGUCAGUUGUUUUUCCGUUCGUCCCCACUGAAAAUCGUUCGCGGCAUUGCCCAGUUCAUGUAUGACGAGACGGGCGAAAGAUAUCUAGAUUGCAUCAAUAACGUUGCACAUGUUGGACAUUGCCAUCCCCAUGUGGUUGAAGCGGGCAGGAAUCAGAUGUCACUUAUAUCGACCAACAACCGAUAUCUCCACGACGAGUUGGUGAUAUUGGCGGAGAGGCUGGUGAAGACCAUGCCCGAACGCCUUUCCGUCUGCUUCUUCGUCAACUCCGGUUCAGAGGCCAAUGACCUCGCGCUAAGAUUGGCCAGGGUCCACACGAAGAGGAAUGACGUCAUCACUCUAGACCACGCGUAUCAUGGGCACCUAACGUCUAUGAUUGAUGUCUCUCCCUACAAACUGAACCUACCAGGAGGGCCAGAGAAGCCAGAGUGGGUUCACGUGGCACCAGUUCCUGACACGUAUCGGGGAAAGUACACUUUGCCAAAGGACUCCCAAUCGGAAGAGGCGCUCGGUCAGAUGUACGCUGAGGAAGUUGGCAAGAUUUGCAAAGAGAUCACGGACAGGAGCGGUGGCGUCUGCGCCUUCAUAGCGGAGAGUUUGCAAAGUUGCGGCGGACAGAUAAUCCCGCCGGACGGCUACCUGAAACGUGUUUUUGAGUAUGUCCGUGAGGCCGACGGCGUGUGCAUUGCCGAUGAGGUGCAAGUGGGCUUCGGUCGAGUGGGCACCCACAUGUGGGCAUUCGAGACGCAGGACGUGGUUCCCGAUAUCGUGACGAUGGGCAAGCCUAUGGGCAACGGGCACCCCGUGGCAGCCGUUAUCACGACCCCUGAAAUCGCCAAGAGCUUCGCGGACACUGGAGUUGAAUACUUCAAUACGUAUGGCGGCAAUCCUGUGUCGUGCGCAAUAGCGAACGCUGUACUCGACGUCAUAGAGGAAGAGAGGCUCUUAGAGCGGGCGGAGAGAGUCGGCAAUCACUUGCUCGCGCGCUGUGAAAAGUUGAGGCACAAGCACCGGUUAAUCGGUGACGUCAGAGGCAGGGGACUGUUCGUCGGCGUGGAACUAGUGACGGACAGGGAGAGGAGGACCCCGGCUACGGCGGAAGCGAAACACGUCGUUAAUCGAAUGCGGGAAGAAAAAAUCCUCAUCAGCCGCGACGGACCAGACAGCAACGUACUGAAAUUCAAACCGCCCAUGGUAUUUUCCACUCAAGAUGCCGACAGGCUCGUCGAUACCUUAGAUAGAGUGCUCGCCGAGUUAAUUGAAAGAAUACCAGUUACGAAUAUAAAACUAGAGGUUAUGGUAACACCACUGAAUGAUGAAAAGAAGAAAACUGACAACGUUUUAAAUAGUAAUAUAAAACAAAGCAUUAAAGCCAUG